UUCUGGCUCCACCUUCUUUAACCACGCCUUAUUCACUUCUACGUGGCUCUUACACGUCCCGACGGGCUCAUAACGCGUGUCAAGGCGAUUUGGAACCGGAAGAAAGAUUACAUGCCGCACAGAAAGAGAGAGUUUAUCAAUCACAGGCGGAAGCUGCAAUGGGGGAAGAAGGAAAAGUUGAAGAGAGGAAGAGGGUGAGUGGAGAGGCGCAGGAGAAGGAUAUAGAGAUUCAGAGUGCUGCAGAGGAGAGAGAGCGCGCUUGGAGUACGCCGUCGUUGUCGACGCCGAAACUAUCGUCUGUGAUCCCUUCGAUACCUAAGCCGAGUGUGGCUACCAAGACGGCGCCGAUUGUUGGCGAAGAGGGCGGGGUCCGAACGUGGAAAACGGGCAAGCUAGGCUUGAGGGUAGGCGUCGAUGCGCUGGCGGCUGGGGCAGCGGGAGUACUUGUUGCACCCAUAAUCACUAUGAUUGAUAAGGGCAUUAUUGAGAACGCGAGUGGGAGGAACACUUUGGGUGAGAGCUUGAAGAACAGUACGAAGGAACUGCUGCUACGGCCGCAUCGGUUUCUCAUGAGCAGGCCGUUUGCGUUGAUAUUCACCCUCUACUUUGGAACCUACUUUACUGCAAACUCAAUCGACACUGCAUCCUCCACCAUCCGUAACCGACGGGUAACAGAGACUACGGCGGGAACGUCAAAGUUCGUAGCAACGAGCACCGCGAAUCUAGCCCUCUGCCUCUACAAAGACAACCGCUUCACGCAGCUCUUCGGCUCCAGCGCCUCCUCGCGCCCCGUUCCGCUUCCCACAUUCGCGCUCUUCACAGUCCGCGACUGCUUGACCAUCUUCGCGAGCUUUAACCUCCCGCCACUGCUUGCGCCGAGACUAGAACAGAAGAUGGGCGAGGAAUUAAAGAAGUAUGUGAGCGCGGCGAGCGCGGCGCAGUUCUUGACGCCGGCGGCUGUGCAGUUGGUGAGCACGCCGCUGCAUUUGCUCGGCUUGGAUUUGUAUAACAGGCAGGGCGUGAGGUGGCUGGGACAGGACAGCAGGACGGCGAGGGUCGCGCGCGACUGGGCCAAAUCUUCCGUUGCUAGGAUGGGAAGGAUUAUCCCUGCGUUUGGUGUGGGCGGGGUGGUUAAUACAAAAGUGAGGAGGAACUUGAUGGAGAGAUUGGAGGGAUAGAAGAGAUGAGUGCAAGAGGGAUCGAGGAAUAACGACUGGGUGAUUAUGGCUUUAGGAGACGGUCUGGCAUUUUAGCGUGUAUUGUGGACUGGCUUACGACUCUCCCCCUUUAGUUUGGGGCUACUACGGCAUUGUGAGCGUUAUAGCGCUGGCACUCUUUAUUGGAGUAUUUUCUAGCUUCUUCGGCUUCGGCAUUCUACUUUCCACCUCUUCUUCCAUCAGGUCAGUCGAUACCUAUUCGUUACGAGGUUGGGCGUAAUUUUCAUACGAG